GGGGUUAGGAGCUAGGCUUUGAGGGGAAGAAGCAAGAGCAGAGAAAGGACCCAUCUGUUCCCAUAGUGGCAGAUAAAGAGAGAGUGAGGACGGAUGCAAAGGAGGAGGAGGAGGAAGGGUCCGAAUAUCCUCUCUGACACCGAUGGAUUUACAUCAUUGAAGAUUUCUCUCAAGUGAAUAUUUUGCAUAAAACAUGCAGACAAGAUGAAGAUGUGUCUUAUUUUUCUGUGCCUGAGCACUGGAUGGAUGCAAACAGCAUCCACUGCUGACGUAACUCCCACACCCUCCUCUGCACCGGUGACACCCACUGAAGAUGAGAGCACCCAGCUGGUGGAUUGGCUGAUGAAGUAUGGCUACCUCCCAACCUCAGACCCCUCCACUGGUCAGUUACAGGCCUGGACAGCUGUCACUGAUGCUGUGAGGGCCAUGCAGAGGUUUGGAGGCCUCAAAGACACUGGGGUUGUAGAUGAGGAGACAAUGGCACUGAUGAACAAUCCGCGCUGCUCCCUUCCUGACCAAGACGAACCAUCCAGAUUACUAAUCAACCAGGAAGGGAGAAACAUGAGGAAGCGGAGGAGAAGGGCUAUCUCCAUGUGGACACGCAGGAACAUUAACUGGAGGUUGCGUUCGUACCCCUCCUCUUCCCGUCUGUCUCGGGAAACCAUUCGCUCAUUGGUCUUUUAUGCUUUAAGAGUGUGGGCAGAGCCAACACCCCUGGAGUUCCAUGAGGUGAGCAGUCCAGAGGCAGCAGACCUACAGGUAGACUUCCUCCAUGGUUACCAUGGUGAUGGCUAUCCCUUCGAUGGGGUAGGCGGUGCAGUCGGCCAUGCUUUUUUCCCAUCAGACCCUGACCGGGCAGGAGGAGUUCAUUUGGACGCAGAGGAGGAUUGGGCUUUCAGACAACCAGGUGGAACAAUGUUACAGUUCAUCUUCGUUUACAUUUAUUUGACUUUUGUUUUAGGUAAAAGGAACCAACUGCUGGCUACUGAUGCUCCUCGCCUUGCCCCGGAGCCUCAGUUGCGCCACCGAGGGCACCACAAUCAUCACAAAUAUGGCCCCUCCAUAGAUCGCUGUAACACCAGUUUUGAUGCUGUGGCAAGGAUCCGAGGAGAGACUUUCUUCUUCAAAGGUCUGAUGAUGUGGAGAGUCAAUGGUGGUGGUUUGGUAUCAGGCCGAGGGGCUUCUGUCAGGAGGCUGUGGAGGGGUCUACCACCUGAUCUACCUCAUGUUCAUGCUGUACUGGAGAGACAGUCAGAUCAUGCCAUAAUCUUUAUCAGUGGUUCCCAAUUCUGGCUGUUCAGGGAUCUGUCCCUGCAGGAAGGCUACCCUCAGCCCCUGUCUGCCCUCAGGAUGGGGGUGAGUUUAUUUGGAGCCGAUGAGGAAGAGAAGGAGGAGGAGGAGGAGGAGGAGGAGGAGAAGGCAGCGGCGGGGAGGUGGGGCCUGCUCUGGGACCCAGAGGAGGGCCCCGUGUGGGGGAAAGUGGGAGUUUCUGAGAAAGAGAAGCGAGAAGAUGCCUGGACUCAGCUGCUUAGAGAUGGUGUCAGUGGCAUCACCACAGACAGCGAUGGCUCCGUCUAUCUCUUCAGAGGAGAAUCCUACUGGAAGUUCACGUUUCCAGGCUCCUCACUGCAGGACGGAUACCCACGAUCCUCUGCUGCAGACUGGCUGGGCUGCCCUGACCCCUCCUCAUCCUCGCCUGUGGUGGACGACCUCUCCUUGUCUCUGUCUCCGCCUGCAGGACGACAGGAGCUCAGGGAGAGAUGGAGGGAGGGGAGGGAGAAGGAGGAAGGAGGAGAGAGGAUGAGGGACCAUGGGAGGGACAGACAUGGAAAUAAACAUUCAGACAUGCAGGACAGAGGUUCACACAUCUGGACACAAUGCACUUGCCAGAAUGGAGCUCUCAGUAGCAGAACGACAUCUUUUAUUGCUGCCUUGCUGCUCAUUACAUGGACACUGUUGGCUAUUUAAAGCCGCACAAGACCAUAAAAGUCAACUGUCAUAUCAGGCAGGAGGUCGGGCUGUAUCUACAAACAAUCACCAUGUGCAUUAACUAAUAGUUCAACAUUAACUCUUAUUUGUUCUCUUUUAGAGAGUGAGGUUAGAAGAUCCAUAUGUCUCUCAUGUUUUGUGUGUUCAGUACAAAGCUGGAGUCAGGACGUGAUGAGUCUAGCUUAGUAUAAAGACCGGAAACAGGGAGAACUUAUGGAUCCGCACAGCAAUAACUUCAGCACGAGGAAACAGCAACCUCAGUUGUGAUCAUUGUAAAGCCACGUUGGCCCUAAUGAAGCCCUUUUCUUCAUAAUGUGUUGGCUCUAGAUCAUAACGCCGAAAGUUUUUUUUCAGAAAUUGCUUUUCUUAUUGUUAAGUGCUUUUCACAUGGAUAGAAAGAUGUUUUGUCAUUAGAGGUUCUAUGCUGCACAUGCUUUUGGGACUUUCUGAUCUAUGAACUGUGUUCCUCUGUUGCACAGGGCUGACAUGGAGCUGUACUAUCUAACUGGCUCAUGUGGACUUUUGAACUAUAUGUUGUAGUAAGGGUUAAGAUGGAGUGGUUUAAAUUUGUGAUCUUUUGUCAAAGCAUAUUGUGGGUACUGCAGGGAACAGGGGGAAAAGUUUUUCUGCAGCACAAUCAUAUGAAUAUAGCAACAUCCAUUAGUAUUAGUAACAUCCUUGCAAUGUAGUUGAAGCUUUAUCACAUAGCUUUAUUUAUAUUAUGUUUGGUUCUUUUUGAGCAAAUGUCUAUCCAUAAAAUGCCAAUCCAUAAUAAAAUAGUAAAAUCCGG